CCGCCUGUGGCGCUGCGCUCUCGGCCGUGGUCGGGAUAAGUCGGCAGAACGAAACGAUGUACGUUCGAGGGAGGGAACGGAGCGUGGAGAUAGUCGACGAGGACGCUGGGUGGUGAGUGCCACCGUAACCGGGUCCUCCUCAGGGGUCCUACCGUCAGGACCACGGACAAUUUUCUCAUUUUUUCCCUUCCCGUUUCACGCGUUCUACCGCGAAAAAAGGGGAGAACAACAAGAGAGAAGGACAGAUCGAUAGAACCGGCGGCAGCGGCGGCCAGUGUGCUUUUGCUUGCUCUCGCCUGUGCUUCGUCUCCACGCGGGGAAUCGAGAGCACACACCGGGGUGCGGCCGACGAUGGUGAAGGCCCCGACCAUGGGUCCCUCGACCGGCACCCAGGGGAUCAGGAAGAUUCACCCUGGGCCCGAAAUCGCGAUGAAUCCGAGGAAUCUGCCGACCGCGAACGCUACUACACCUCCCAGCAUCCGAACAGAUGGCAAGACCACCUCUAUGUAUCAUCCUCAGGUGGACGUCUCGACUCAGGUGGAUCUGCAAGUCGGUUUCGUGGCGCCAGCAGGCAGUAUCAGCAUCGACUGGGAUCGUAGAGCGACUCCCCUUUACUCUCGCGAGGACAUCAAGGAGCAGUAUUGCAUAACCAGCCGGCAAUUGGACGCGGUCGAGAAAUCUGGAGGUGGGUUCUUCGGUUGCCUGUCGACCAGAGGUCCGUCGCCGUGCGCCUCGGCCAGAACCUCGAUUCUCUCCGCCUGCGUGAGGAGCGUGCCCAGCGAUGAGAACCUCUGCGAUGCCCCCUACCCCCGCCGUUCCCUCCAGAUCAUGUAUCGUCAACCUUACCCAACCUACUCGAGAGGUUUCUCGCGUUACGACCUGGAGGACGAGGCCGAUUGGAUCGAGAGUUCCUACUUCAGGCGCAGACCGAGAUCUUUCUGCACUGUGCCCGAUCCGAAAAGAUACACGUGGCUUCCAGAGGACGAGGAAUCGACGAAACUGGAGGGUCCUCGGCCGGUGUUGCCCCCGGCCCCACCCCCGCCCACGUCGCAAGCACCGAAAACGAAGCACGUGAGCUUCGCGAGAUCGUACACUCUCACGUCGUUCGACGUUCCAAGGAGCAGAAGCCCCCCAAGGCCGCAGAACCAGGAACGCCUUAUAGAUUCCCAGCCAACGAUGCAGAACGCUAUGCUUCCCUCGGCCUUACCCUUGAUGCAUCCGUACACCGCUAACGAGCCCCGAGUUAUUGUCCUCGAGAAGCCACCGAAGCGCGGCACGAUGAAAACCCAGGCGACCCAGACCGAGAUCCCGGCCGUGUUCCGCGCCCGCGUCCCCGUCACCCUCAGCCCGAGGACGAUACACCGCGUGAAGAUGGUCUCGCAGGGGGCGCAGACGAACGGCCUGUUCAACGGCAGGAAGUUGACCAAGAGUUACUCGGAGGCCGGCCAGCUGGGCACGCCUUUGGGCCAAGCAGGGGCGGGGAAGGACGAGGAGCACCACGAGCCGCUGCACAGGACUCAGAGCGAGGAACCACCGAGGUCGCCCUUCCUCGUCGACACGCCACCCCCCCACGAGGUCGUCGAGGAGCCGUUGACCAACGGGGACAUCUCCGACUCUAUCAUGGCCGUCUCCCAGGGCCGGCGAAGAUCGUACGAAUUGGACGACCAAGAGAUUCUGAUCGACUUCAAGCCGGCGCCCGUGUCGCCGGACGCCCGGGCCCUUUUGAACCGGAUGUCCCAGACGGGGAGGAGGUUCCUCCCGUUGCAGAAGACGCUCUCAGACGGGGAGAUCCGGGUUGAGAGGCGGGAAUUGAUCGGCGAGGCCGGCGAGCCGAGUUAUCCGCACACGUGCAGGAGGAAUCACCAGGACCCCUGGGGCAGGACCGUCAGAGCACCCGUCCAAUUCUCCUCCACGCCCGAGGAUCUGUCCCUGCUCAGGGUCGCCUCGCCCCAAGAGGAUCAUCCCGAGGAGGAGUUUCACGAGAAUCUCAUCAGGCGAGGACUGUUCCGCAAAAGGAGCGUAUCGUUGGAAGAUGGCGUGCAAGGAUUGGCAUCCGACGAUUUUAUGCUACCCAGAUCGCUCCCCACGUCCCCUACAUCGCCGACAGCGGUAUCAGCGCCACGAAGGAUUUUACAAAGCCCGAAGGACUACGAGUCGCCGACACGGCCAUUGCGGCAAACCGGGCAAAUUUGCCCGUUACUUUUCGGGCCUGGAACCGUGAUAUCCGGCAUGAUCACAUCUCCGUUCGCAUCGAGCGAUUCGUUAACGAACGACGUCACGAGGGACCACAGCGACGGAAUUUGGAACGAGUCUCAGGCGACCGUGCUCCAGGCAGACUCGUUGGCCCUUUUGACACCGUCCUCGAGGAGAAGGCACCUACUGCUCCUCCAGCACCAGCAACGUUCCUCGAUGGAUACCGAGGCGCUCGAUAUCGAGGAGACGAUGGAAUCGCGCCCAUCCAGUCCAAGGAUACGCCUCGAGGCUGCCACGCCUAUUCAACCGUUAACGCCAAGGCAAUUACUUCUCAGCGUCGAAUCGUGCGUCACGUCGAUGAACGGAAGGCCGAGAGGCGGAUUCCGUCGUCCAAGCCCCGGGCCCCCCCUGUCCCAGCCCCAGUCGCAAUCCUCGAGCGAGUUCGGGCUGAGCCUGGCGCGGACCGACUCGGGCGGUCGAACCAACACGGAUCUGUCCGAAACCUCGACGACCGAGGACUACGUCACUGCCAACACCUCGACCGAGACCGGGACCACUACGGGCACUUCCGCAACGACCAGCUCCUGGUCGAGGCCCCCGCACACCUCGAGCGCAGCAGCCUCGGCCUCGGCCACAGCCACUGCCGCGGAGGGAAGCUCCUUCGAGAGCGCCAGCUCCAUCUACAGCCUGGCUCGCAGCGAGGAGGGUCACCGCUCCUCUUCGGGCGGCUACGCCGAGUCUCCGCCGGAUCUGCGCGGUUGGACGGAGGAGGAGAGGCGUAGACGGAGGAAGACGUUCUCCCUCGACUUUCUGGGGGGCAUGGAACGGGGCGCGGAGCCGUACGGGGACAGCGUGGAGCUGAGCCCGACGCCGAGCCACCGUCAUCGGCCGAGGGGGAAAUCGGCGAGCGCGAGGAGUCCGCACAAGAACAACAGGAAGCGGGAGAUCGCGCAGCAGCAGCAGCAGCAAUCGGUGCAAGCGCAGCAAGCGCAGCAGCAGCAGAUCAGCAGCAGGAGCCCCCAGAAGGAGGAGUGGCGGGUGGAGCAGGUGGAGGAUGGCGGCCACGUGCCUACCUCGGACGAUUCCAGCUGCAGCCACCACUAUCACAUGCACCAUCACCAUCAUCAUCACCUGCAUCGCGAGGGAGUGGAUGCAAGGCACAGGAGGACGAGGGAGAGUCCGAGGAGGAAGACGACUGGUUAUGUUUCCACAAGGAGGAGGAGUAACGAGUGGGAUUUUCCAGACAAGAACGCGGCCAUAACGGGGAGCCUGCCACGAAGAAGGUCGCGGGCGGCGGACGACAUAAUGUGUUCGAGGUUGAGCCCGGGCCGUUAUCAACGAAGUCCCGGGCACAACGGGCAAAGGGCGGUGAUCGUGGAGUCGCAGAGCCCCGAGGCCAGACUGAAGGCUCUUUCAGCGGAAUCGUUGAGGUCUGUCAGCCCCGGCAGCGACAGUGUUUUCUACAGCGAGGGUGCGGACCAAUGCUUGACCAUCGGCGCCCUGGACGCCCCGCAUUGCCACCACUGCGGCAGAGAGGUCUCGGAAGAGAUCGUUCGACCGCCGGCAGGUUUCGCGGACUCACCCGAGGGGCACAGGUCGUCCACGUCGAAGCACGUGCCCGGCCACAGGCUGUACAAGAAGUUCGACAAGAGGUACAGGUCGGAGGAUCGUGGGGACAGGCGGCACAGGCGCAGCAGCGCGGGCAGGUCGGACGUCAGGGCGAAGUCGGAGGAGAGGGUGGCCUCGAGGCGAGGGAGCAGAGGUUCCAUCGACGACACUGCCGCCGGGAGGAAGAGGCUUCACGCGAGGAGCACCGAUGUCAGCUUGGAGAUCCUCACCGGUCGAGAGGACGAAGACACGUACGUGGAGCCGUACACAAGCAGCGAGUGGAUUUACAUCGGCGAUCUCGAGGAGAGCCACGUGUGGAAGAGGCCGGACGGCAGGGAAACGGACGACGAAAUUGUGGAGAGCGUGGCGAAGGAGAGGAGGGGUUCGCAGGAGUCGACCGAGAGCGAGAGAAACUUCAGGAAAAAGUAUCAGGCGACGACUCAAAGGAUAGUGCACCGAAAGAUCAGCGGAGAGAUGUACAAGAGGAUACAGACCAAGUGUUUCGAGAGCGACAAGAGGGUGGUGGUGAGGCGGGAGGCUGGCGGGGAGUUCGGUUUCCGGAUCCACGGCUCGAAACCGGUGGUCGUUUCCGCGAUCGAGCCCGACACGCCCGCGGAGAGCUCGGGCCUCGAAGUCGGCGACAUCAUAAUGUCGGUGAACGGGAAAAGCGUGAUGGACGCGACCCAUUCGGAGGUGGUGAGGCUCGCGCACUCUGGAACCGACGUCCUUGAGCUCGAGGUGGCGAGGACGUGCAACGUGCUCGCGCCGCGGGUGUCCAGGCCCGGCACCAAGGAAGGGAACGACGAGGCGCCGCUUUGUUCCGGAUACCUGUGGAGGAAAUCCGCCACCUCCUCGAGCACGGACAAGUGGGUGAGGAGAUGGUUCGCCUUGAGACGUGACAACUGCCUCUACUACUACAAGACUGACGCGGAUUCACAGCCGGUGGGGGCGGUGAUGCUGAUAAAGUACGAUGUGGAGCAAACACCCGAGCUAAGGUUGCACAGUUUCGCGAUCAAGAAGCAGGGCGCGCCGACGCUUCGACUCGCAGCGGAUACGGAAGAAGCGGCGGCUCGAUGGACGACGGUCAUCAAGGAGGCCAUUGAGAGAAACGACCAAGUUGACACCUGGCUGGAAGCGUCGUUGAGAAUGCGCGAGAUGGCGGCAUGUGCGAUUCACAGACCAGAUUGCUUUGGAUAUCUGAGCAAGCAGCAGGAGCACGCCAGGAAAACUUCCUCGCCAACCGGUUGGUCGAGGCGGUAUUGCGUAUUGAAAGACGCUGCAUUGUAUUUCUACGACGACGCGAAUGCCGAGAAGGCGUUCGGUGUCGCCUGCCUUCAUGGUUUCAGAGUGCACAGCAGCGCCCCCACCUCCGGUGGCAGGAAGCACGCGUUCGAAUUGCAGCCACCUGACCCCACGCAGAGGAGUUACAUCUUCGCCACGGAAUCAGAGAUGGACAAGAAACGAUGGCUGGCAGCACUCGAGUAUUCGAUCGAUCGAUGGAUAAAGAUCGGUUGACAAAGGCCGACCUACCGUACGAAGAA